AUAUUCAUCCAAAGAUGACAAAACCGAAAAAUUAAUGAUGAUUCAACACCUGCAACGUUUUCCUCAUUCCCAUUUCACGCUCCCCAAAACUAAAAAUUCAAAUCUCUGCUACCAAGCGAAAUUAACCAUUAUUCUCCCUUCAACCAUGGCGGCGACAUCUCAGGCUCAGUUGUUCUGCUUCCCCGCCGUUCAUCGUAGUCUACACAUCCAGCAACGCCGCUCGCUUCCAUGUCUUUCCUUUCGCCACUCCAAGUUAUCAGUUGCUAUGAGUUUGGAGAGGCAUGAAGCAGAGACGGCUGAUACUGAAACAAAAAAUACACUAAGUUAUGCAGCUGAUGAAUCAAAAUUGAAUGUCGAAGAAAAGCAGGAGUCAUAUUCAAAAUUAGAAGAAAGUGGAUCAGAAAAAUUAGGGUUAGGAGAGGCAACACAGGAAGGUGUCGUUGAUCAGCAGAAAAAGACUGCAAUAAUUCAUGAUUUUUGUUUAGGAAUUCCAUUUGGUGGAUUUGUUUUAACAGGAGGCAUUAUUGGAUUCCUUUUUUCACGGAGUCCUGCAACACUGGCCAGUGGUGUGCUCGUUGGCGGUGCUUUACUAUUCCUCAGCACCCUUAGCUUGAAGGUCUGGAGGCAAGGAAAAUCAAGUUUACCAUUUAUUCUAGGACAAGCAGCAUUGUCAGGGAUCCUUAUAUGGAAGAACUUUCAGAGCUACUCAUUGGCAAAGAAAAUAUUUCCAACCGGCAUCAGUGCUAUUAUAAGUUCUGCAAUGCUCUGCUUUUAUCUAUAUGUGCUUGUCUCCGGAGGAAACCCCCCACCUAAGAAAUUGAAGCCAUCUGCCAGUGUAGCCUGAUGAGAUAAUAAAAAAGUUAUGUACUUAGAAAGUGGGAGGUAUAGUUUCUUAGUUUUGUGAAUCAAAAUAAGGUUGUAAGCUAGUAAUUUAGCCAAGUCACUUAUGGAGGUAGGUCAACAAAGAGCUGCUGAUGUGAUUAUUGCAUUAGAUUUCUAAGCAUGUAGUGGAUUAUAUACUCUGAAAUUCGGUGCAAAAGCUUAUUUGCUUGUUACAGCUGCAUACAUAGUUUUGAUACUGACGUCUACACGGCACAUGUAUUUUGGUUUGACGAUGAAUUUUGGUUCCUUCAAAACAUCCAUAUAUUUUACCUUGAAUGUCCA